AAAAAACCAACCAAAAUGUUCAAGCUCCUCGCUCUCAUCGCCUGCCUGGUGGUCGUUGCCUCUGCUCAGUAUCAUGUUCCGGAGCAUGAGCACAAGGAGCAUCACGCCCAUCCCAAGUACAAGUUCGAAUACGGAGUGAAGGACCCGCACACCGGAGACCACAAGAGCCAGUGGGAAGUCCGGGACGGAGAUGUCGUCAAGGGAGCAUACACUCUGGAGGAAGCUGACGGAACCCACCGUGUGGUCGAGUACAAGUCGGACAGCCACAACGGUUUCGAGGCCAAUGUAAAGAAAGUUGGACACGCUCAUCACCCGCAUGGAGCCAGCUACGUCAACCUUGACAAACACUACUGA